UCUAAAGAAGGAGAGCCAUUCAUUAUUUUUGAUUCACACAACGAAGAGAGAAGAAGCAGAAGACGAAUCCAACCAUGGCGGCUGCUGUAUCAUCUGUUUGGGCAAAGCCUGGUGCUUGGGCUCUUGAAGCCGAGGAACACGAAGCUGAACUCAAGCAACAAGCCCCUCCCUCCACACAGAAAUCCUCUGCCGGAGAUUCCUCCGAUUUCCCUUCCUUAGCCGCUGCUGCCACCACCAAAACGAAGAAGAAGAAGGCCCAAACCAUAUCUCUCGCCGAAUUCGCUACCUACGGUUCCGCUAAGGCGGCGGCACAGACGGAGCGUCUCACUCAGGCUGAGCUGGUAUCUCUUCCGACCGGUCCACGUGAACGCUCUGCUGAUGAGCUUGAUAGAUCUAAGCUUGGAGGUGGUUUCCGGAGCUAUGGCGGGGGUCGUUACGGAGAUGAAUCGUCCAGCUCGAGGUGGGGUUCGUCUAGGGUUUCGGAGGAUGGGGAAAGGAGAGGCGGUGGAUUCAACAGGGACAGGGAACCUAGUAGGGAUUCGGGUCCCUCGCGUGCGGAUGAGGAUGAUAACUGGGCCGCCGCCAAGAAACCAAUUGGCGGAAACGGAUUCGAGAGAAGAGAGAGAGGCGCCGGCGGAGGAUUCUUCGAAUCUCAGUCCAAGGCUGAUGAAGUCGAUAGCUGGGUCUCCUCUAAGCCAUCGGAGCCCCGGAGAUAUGAGAAAAGGGGAAGUUUUGAAUCCUUGUCUAGAAACCGUGAUUCUCAAUACGGCGGUGGAGGUAGUUCUGAUUCGGACACCUGGGGGAGGAGAAGAGAAGAGAGCAGUGGUGCAAACGGCGUGCCAUCACCGACUGCUGGCUCACGGCCGAGAUUGGUGUUACAGCCACGUACACUUCCUGUGGCCGUUGUGGAGGUAGUGAAGCCGGAGAGUCCGGUCUUGGUCAUUGUCGAGAAACCUAAAGGUGCCAAUCCUUUUGGGAACGCAAGACCUAGAGAGGAAGUUCUGGCUGAGAAAGGCCAGGAUUGGAAAGAGAUUGACGAGAAGCUCGAGGCUGACAAGCUUAAGGACGUUGCUGCAGCCAUUGAGAAGCCUGAUGAGAAAUCUCCAGGGAAGAUGGGGGGCUUUGGCCUUGGCAAUGGCCGCAAAGACGACGAACGUACUGAAAGAAGUUGGAGGAAAAGCACGGAGCAAUCUGAGGAGGAACCAGCUGUAGAAGAGGCUAAGAAGGAAGAGGCUGAGGGCGAACUGGCUGUAGAAGAGGCUAAGAAGGAAGAGACUGAGAAGGAAGCAGCUGUAGAAGAGGCUAAGAAGGAAGAGACGGAUGACAAAAUCUAAAGAGUCAAAAGGCAUUUUUGUGGAUUGUGAUAGAACAAGUUGGGUUCUCCAAGUUUAGCUUCUGAGAAUUUGUGUUGUUUAAUUUGGAUAAGUUAAAAGUUGUGUGGGGAACUGGAUAGAAAAUUUUGGUAGGGUCUUUUUAUAAUCUCUCUCUGUCUCUCAGUCUUGUUUGCAUACUCUGUUGCAAAUUUUUAGGGUUUUGCGUGUCUUUUAUAUUUUUUACGAGUUGUACAAUUUCAUUAUUGGUUUACUCUUUCUUUGAAUU